AUGACUCCUCAGUCGGGAAGUGGCGUCAACUGGGCGGGGUUCUACGUCCUGGACCCGUCUGCGCCCGACAGGCAGCUGAUCUUGGGCCCCUUUAUGGGCAAGGUCGCUUGUCAGACGAUCGCGCUGGGAAAGGGUGUCUGUGGCACGGCGGCGGUGGGCAGAGACGGCAGUGGUCGGGGGGAGACGUUGCUUGUGAGAGACGUGGAUGCCUUCCCUGGGCAUAUUGCUUGCGACGGCGAGAGUCGGAGUGAAAUUGUGGUGCCGAUAAGAAAUGCGAAUGGCAAGGUCGUCGGCGUGAUUGAUAUCGACUGUGCGGAACUCGACGGCUUCGACGAGGAAGAUCAAGAGGGAUUGGAAGCAAUAGCAGAUUUACUGGGACAGGCCUGUGACUGGUAG